AUGGCCAGCAAGGUGAUGAUCGAUGUCGUCUCGGACACAGUGUGCCCGUGGUGUUUCAUUGGAAAGAGAAGGCUCGAGACUGCCAUCCGACAGCUGCAGGGACAGAAGCAGUUCGAGGUCAGAUGGCAUCCUUUCCAGCUCAACCCGGACGCGCCUCAGGCCGGCAUCAACAAGCUGAACUACUACAAGGAGAAGUUUGGGGAGCAGCGGACAAAGAGCAUGAACAAUGUGCAGGAGACUUUUGCAAAGGAGGGGCUGAACUACACGAUGGAGGGCGACACAGGCAACACUUUGAACUCGCACCGGCUCAUAGCGUUUGCUGGCAGGCAGGGGCCUGACGUGCAGGACAAAAUUGUGGAACAGCUCUUCAAGGCCUACUUCACAGAGGGCAAGUACAUCAAUGACCCAGAGGUGUUGAGGGAAGCUGCGAAGAAGGCGGGAGUGGCCGAUGCCGAGCAAGUUAUCUCAGAUCCCAAUGUAGCCAAGGAUCAGGUGAGGGAGGAGCUGCGGGAGUAUGCAGCGGGAGUGACAGGGGUGCCCCACUUCAUCAUCAAUGGCAAGUACCACCUGUCAGGCGCCCAAGACCCGGAGACCUUCGCGCAGGUGCUUGCAAAGGCCUGA